GAGAGGGCAAUUGAAAUGAACAUCGCUUCACUGGUACGUGAGAAGCGGCGGAGGAGAAGGAGCAGCAACCGCGGACUGGUUCCUCGGGAGUCGGAUCCUUCCUCGCAAUCACCGCCCCUCGCUAUACCCCUCCGACGAGCAGGGCUGAGCCGAGAAGGAAGCACACCUCCACUGAACAAGGAGUACCACCCUGGUCGGUCUUCACGAAGGAAGAGCAUACCUGGAGGGAAACAACUGAGCAUGGAUGCAGUGGCUUCUGCCCCCUUCCGGCCAUCACAGGGAUUUCUGAGCCGCAGGCUCAAAGGUUCUAUAAAGCGAACUAAGAGUCAGCCCAAACUGGAUCGAACCAGCAGCUUCCGGCAUAUUCUGCCCCGAUUCCGGAGUGCAGACCAUGACAGAACCCGUCUGAUGCAGAGCUUUAAGGAGUCACACUCCCAUGAGUCGUUGCUGAGCCCCAGUAGCGCAGCAGAAGCACUGGAGCUCAGCAUCGAUGAGGAUGCUAUCAUCAAACCAGUGCACAGCAGCAUUCUGGGUCAAGAGUUCUGCUUUGAGGUGACUACACCAUCUGGCACAAAAUGCUUUGCCUGUAGGUCAGGGGCUGAACGAGACAAGUGGAUUGAGAAUUUACAGCGGGCAGUGAAGCCAAACAAGGACAACAGCCGACGUGUCGACAAUGUCUUGAAGCUCUGGAUUAUCGAGGGCAAAGAUCUGCCGCCCAAGAAGCGCUAUUACUGUGAGCUCUGCCUGGAUGAGAUGCUGUAUGCCCGGACAACAAGCAAGGUGAAGACAGACAAUGUCUUCUGGGGAGAACACUUUGAGUUCAACAAUCUGCCAGCCGUGCGCAAUAUCCGGAUCCACCUGUACAAGGAUACAGACAAGAAGAAGAAGAAGGACAAGAGCAACUAUGUGGGGUUGGUCAACAUCCCCAUCAGUAGUGUGGCCGGUCGCCAAUUUGUGGAGCAGUGGUACCCAGUCAGCCAGCCCAGUUCCAGCCGGGGAAAGGCAGGUGGUCCCACCAUCCGUAUCAAGUCCCGCUACCAGAGCAUGAACAUUCUGCCUAUGGAGCUGUACAAGGAGUUUGCUGAGUAUGUCACCAACAACUACAAAAUGCUAUGCGCGGUGCUGGAACCUGUUCUGGGUGUCAAGAACAAAGAGGAGGUGGCAUGUGCAUUGGUGCACAUCCUGCAGAGCACGGGCAAGGCAAAGGACUUCCUCUCUGAUAUGGCGAUGACGGAGGUUGACCGUUUUGUCGACCGUGAGCAUUUAAUAUUUCGUGAGAAUACGCUGGCAACCAAGGCGAUUGAAGAAUACUUAAAGUUGAUUGGUCAGAAAUACCUCAAGGACGCAAUUGGUAGGUUGGUGUACGUGACCGCUACACUCACUGCUACCGACACUCCAUUAACACAGGGUGAGUUUAUCCGAGCACUCUACGAAUCUGAAGAGAACUGCGAGGUAGACCCAGCCAAGUGCACCUUUUCCACUUUGGCUGAUCACCAGGCUAACCUGAGGAUGUGCUGCGAACUGGCACUUUGCAAGAUCGUCAACUCACAUUGUGUCUUUCCUCGUGAGCUGAAGGAAGUCUUCGCUUCGUGGAGGCAUCGCUGUGCCGAGCGUGGCAGGGAAGACAUUGCUGACCGUCUAAUCAGUGCUUCCUUGUUCCUCCGCUUUCUCUGCCCUGCCAUCAUGUCACCCAGCCUUUUCAACUUGAUGCAGGAGUAUCCAGAUGAUCGCACCUCCCGAACUUUGACCCUUAUAGCGAAAGUCAUUCAAAACCUGGCCAACUUCACCAAGUUUGGCAGCAAGGAGGACUACAUGUCAUUCAUGAAUGAGUUUCUGGAGCUGGAAUGGGGUAGCAUGCAGCAAUUUCUGAUGGAGAUCUCCAAUCCAGACACAGUUACCAAUGCAGCUAGCUUUGAGGGCUACAUCGACUUGGGCAGAGAGCUCUCCACCCUGCACUCCCUCCUGUGGGAGGUGCUGCCUCAGCUCAGCAAGGAAGCUGUGCUGAAACUGGGUCCGCUCCCCCGUCUCCUCAAUGACAUAAGUGGAGCAUUGAGAAAUCCAUCGCAUGUACAGCGACAAUCCAGCCACAUAGCAGAACGUUACACUUCUGGACCCAGUAUUAACCGUGGUGUUUCAUCUGACCUUCAGAAGUACACGGUUAAAGAUCUGAACAGCUCAAUCGAUAUGACCAGGCUUCCUUCUCCGACCAAGGAAAAAGGAAAGGAUGUCUUUUACGUGACAAGGCCUCCUCUUGCACGGUCCUCCCCAGCAUACUGCACAAGCAGCUCUGAUAUCACAGAACCUGAUCCUAAAAUGAUGACUACGAACAAGAGCAUCUCCAUGAUGGAUCUGCAGGACAGCAGGAGUAUGAACAGCAUAAGCAACCUCCAGACUGUUGGAGACAUGCUAAACAGCAGUCAAGCAUCGAUUGGAACUACAGUAGGCCUCAGACCCAGCCGGCUAUCACAGGGUAGUGGAUCGAGCGUGUCAGGAGGCCUGCGGUUGGGACAAAUGGGCAUUACCACAGACGGAUUACAUGGACAGCUGAGAGUCCCUUUGUCCUUUCAGAAUCCCCUGUUCAACAUGACCUCUGAUGGGCCUGCCUCACUACGGACUCCCGCCGAGCCUGGUGCUGGCCUCUUGGGUUACCAUGGUUACAGCAAGAGCGAGGACUUAUCUGCAAACAAGCAGAUCUUCCAUAGCCACAGCUACAGUGAUGAGUUUGCCCGGCAGAACAGUGAAUUCAGCCGCCGGCAGCUUUCACUUACUGAUAACCUCCAACAUAUGCUGUCAGCAGCUCCAGCUAACAUUGGCCCCCAAAGGAGGAUAGACCAGCCACCACCUGCCCCUCCACCUCUAGUCAGAGGGAAAACGCAGCAGCUUACGGUUAGUGCAGCCCAGAGACCUCGGCCACCCAGUGCUAACUUGUUGCAAUCGCCUGCUGAGCCAACACAUGGACCCAAGGUGCGGCAGCAGUCAAUUAUGGCCAAAGCAGACACCCCAGCUCCAAAAUCAGGCAUCACCAAACAGGCUUCCCACUCACCCUCAACUCUUCACCCAGUCACCCCUUCAGAGCGCACGGUUGCCUGGGUGACCAACAUGACACACCUUUCUGCGGACAUCGAAAGCUCACACCUAGAGCGGGAAGAGUACAAAUUACGGGAAUACUCCAAGUCGAUGGAUGAGAGCAGGCUGGACAAGGGGCAACAGACACAAUACGAGGAAGAGAUUCUUUCCCUGAAAGAACGACUGCAGAUGUCAAACCGUAAGCUAGAGGAGUAUGAGCGGCGGUUGAUGUCACAGGAGGAGCAGACAGGGAAAAUUCUGCGAGAGUACCAAACACGCCUGGAUGAAAGCGAGAAUCGUUUGCGUCGGCAACAAGAGGAGAAGGACAACCAGAUCAAAGGCAUUAUCAACAGGCUAAUGGUGGUGGAAGACGAGUUGAGGAAAGACCACGCCAACAUGCAGGAGGCCAUUGAUGCCAAGCAACGGAUAAUCGACGUUCAGGAAAGGCAGCUCUCGACGAUGGGGGCCACCAAUUCCCGACUGAUGAGCACCCUGACUCACAUGAAAGAUCGGUGCAGUGAAACCCAGCUGAACGGCGUGACAUCAUCGCACCCUCCCCCCCGCCUGCAGAUCACCGAAAAUGGCGAAUUCCGUAACGCCAGUGGCCACUGACGCAAGGGGAAAGGAGGCGGUGGGGUGGGUGGGUGGGAAGGAAGCCAGGUCAGAUGCAAAUCAUCUUCCCUGCUCAUCAUGCUUUCCUUUCAUCUCUCUCUUUCACCUCUCCCUGCCCUUACUUCUCCCCAUAAAGUGCAAGCCUGUGGUGGGAUAGAACUGGCAAAAGUGGAGUGGAAACCAAUUAUAACUAUUAACAAUUAUUUUAUACCCUCUCAUCAUUCACGCACGAACACUCCCAAGUCCCCUGGCUGUGGAUAAUGCCCAGGUCUUGAUGCACUUAAAAGUGGUAUAUUUUUCAUUGCACUUUUCUACCUGUGCCAUGUUUAAAUGGCCUAUUGUAUGAGAAAGACAAGAAAAACAUUUCAGAUAUUAUAUAUAAUAUAUAAAUAAAUAUAACAAUGUACAGUGCACACACAUCUCCAUGGUUACCUGGAGAUUAGGUUCGUCUGAAACCUUCAUUGAUAGGGCUGUUAAUUUCUUUCCUGGCUAACAUGUACUGUAGUGAACAUCAGAUAGCAAGAAGUCAUUACAAAUUUUGAAGUUUUGGUCCGGUUUACCGGAAAGGGAGUGUGUGCUGUCAUUGCCAUCUCCCCCAAUCACACUCUCCCCACCCAAGGCAUUUGUGUCAAUUAUUUUCAUGCCUAUGGGGGCAUGAAGUAAUCUGCCUUGUGAAAUUCACAUGUACCUCAAAUUUCUGUCGUAAUGGAACAAAUCGGACCUCGCUUGAUGGAUUGAGAUUAUACAGUGGGAUUCAAUUACACUUGUGCAUAACUGAUUAAUUUUAAAUUCCUUUAUUUCGCUUUUCUUAAAAAAAUUUAUACAGUGCCUUUCAUAACCACUUGACAUCUCACAGCACUUUUCAGCUUUUGCAAUGUCAUCCUGCUGUAAUGUACAAAAUACAACAACCAGUUUGUGUACAGCAAGCUCCCAAUAGUCAUGUGAUAAUGACCAACCAAUCUGUUUUGCAGUUAUUGUUUAAUAUUAUGAAGAUAUUUGGAUCUCUAACUUGUUGUGAUUCAACAUAUUGCUGUGAGAUCAUUUAUAUGCCAUGAAAGAGCAGAUAUUACCUUGGUUAAAUAUCACAUUAAAGGCAACACUCCUGACAGAACAAAACUCAGUAUUGCACUGGGAAAGUCAGGCUGGAUUAUGAGCGCAAAUCUUUGGAUUGGGACUUGAACCCAUAACCUUCUAAAUCAGAGGAGUGCUACUAAGCUAUGGCUAACAUCAGCUUUUAGAUGUUAAAAUUUCCAGUCUUCAGUAAAACAGUUGAUGGAGGAGUCUUGGCUGACAACUUUGUUCUAGUAAAUAUAUUUUUCACACAAUUUCAUUGACAA